AUGGAGAAGCCACACCUGACGCUGUCUUUUGAGAGUUACUGCGAGUACUUGGCUGAAACGCAUUGGGUGUGUGGAAUCGGAUCGGUUUCCCGACGCAGGUCGGUAGCCUUUGCCCAGGCUGCCCAGGAACAAUCACGCGGGAACAGUCUGGGCUCCCCCAAUCCACAGUCCCCUCCCGCCCUCCGCUUUCCAGAUGCUCCUGAGAAAGGCGCUGCUGAUGUGUUAAGCUGCUUGCCAGGUUCCCAACUGCAGGCUCCGCAGCUUGCUCAUUUUAAGCAUGAAGCAUGGCCGGAAAUGAAUGAAAUGAUAACCUCUGACACCAGUGACCAGUCUGGUGAACCCUACCUUAAUGCUUUGAAUUCUGGAGGCCCCUCAUCAGGCACAACUGUGAACCCCGUAACUGCACCGUCCAGCGUGGUUCAGCAGUGGUGUUCCUACAUUACACGUUCUUUAAAUGAGUGGAGUAUAGAAAUGCAGACUAACCGACUCUUGUCCUGUUCGGUGUCAGGCGGGGCAGGCAAAGGUGAAGAGCCAGAAAAGCUGCCUGAGCCGGCAGAGGACGAGCCCCAGGUUCUGCACGGAACUGGCCACUGUAAAUGGUUCAACGUUCGCAUGGGAUUUGGAUUCAUCUCCAUGAUAAAUCGAGAGGGAAACCCCUUGGAUAUUCCAGUGGACGUAUUUGUACACCAAAGCAAACUGUUCAUGGAAGGAUUUAGAAGCUUGAAAGAAGGAGAGCCAGUAGAAUUCACAUUUAAAAAGUCCCCCAAAGGCCUUGAGUCAAUACGGGUAACAGGCCCAGGUGGGAGCCCCUGCUUAGGAAGUGAAAGAAGACCUAAAGGGAAGACCCUGCAGAAAAGAAGACCAAAGGGAGAUAGGUGGAGACGGCAGGAUUUACUGAUGGAUCAGAUGUGGACUGUGAGAGAAGAAGAGUCCAGGAUGAUUCCAAGAUGCUACAACUGUGGCGGCCUUGACCAUCAUGCUAAAGAAUGUAGUCUACCUCCUCAGCCAAAGAAGUGCCAUUAUUGUCAGAGCGUCAUGCACAUGGUAGCCAACUGCCCACACAAAAUUGUCACACAGCUGCCCACCAGUUCCCAGGAGAGACAGGAGGCAGAACCCCAGCCAUGUGUGUCUACUUCACCGAGAGAAGCGGGAGUGGGGCAUGGCUGCACAUCACCGUUUCCUCAGGAGGCGAAGUCAGAGAUGACAGAACGGUCAGACAGGCCACCCCAAGAAGUCUCUUCCAUGAAGGCAUUUGUAGCACCAGAAGGGCAAAACAAAAAGGGGCCUUCAAUUCAAAAACGGAAAAAAUCUUAAUACUUGUCAACCUUUCUUUACCCGGUUGGGAAGUCUACCUCAUGCAAGCACAGGAGAAUAGCAUUCCGCAGAGAGCAGCUGGCCGGGUUUUAACUGCUGUUGAGGAACUGUGAAUUUUUUAUCAGACAAAUCACUCUUAAGCAAAUUACAUUUAAGCAGGGUGUUGUUUUAUAGAAUUGAGAUACUACAUGUAGUGUGUGCAUAAGUGAGAGAAGAGAGCUGAAUCUGUGUGCGUGAGGACUUCACAUAGGAGUUCACAUACAUACAUGUAUGUGGUUGUCUCUAUAUGUGUGUGUGGAGCACACUCUCUCUCUCUCAGAUAAUUGGGCAUCUCCAAGCACUGAAAAUUUAUGUGGAGCAUUUGCGAUGGUUUCAGAAUUAACCCUUGGAAUUUUUCCUAAGUACUACUUCUUUUAUAUUAUGUAAAAUGACCAUGUGACUUACCUUUCAUGUGAGCCAAAGCAUACUUCAGAUCUCAAAGCUGCCAGUCAAAUGGUACUAAAGGCUUUUGGGAUACUUGGUGCCUCCCAAGUCUGGAUUCAUAACUGUGUCUUGAUGUGAUGGAGUGUUGCU